AUGGCCGCAGGCGGCCCGGCGCCUGAGCCUCGGAUCCUCCUGUGGCUGGGAGUGCUUCUGGCCCGCUGGGUCGCUGCAGAAUCAGAGGCUGCCGUCGUUGGAGAAGUCCACGAGAACGUUUCUCUGCAGUGCGGCAACAUCUCAAGGCCCAGGGGCCUAGUGACUUGGUACCGGGAAGACGUGGAGCCUGUCUUCCUCCUGUCCUCCAACUCCAGCCUCCCACCAGCAGAGCCUCGCUUCUCUCUGGGGAAUGCCAGUUCCCUGCAUAUCGAGGGGCUGAGACUGCAGGACGAGGGGAACUACACCUGCCGGGAGGUCCUGAACGAGACGCAGUGGUUCCGAGUAUGCCUGCAGGUGGCCAGUGGCCCAUAUCAGAACGAGGUCAACAUCUCGGCCACCGGCAAGCUCCCCAACGGCACCCUCUAUGCCGCCAGGGGCACCCAAGUGGCCUUCAGCUGCAGCAGCAGCUCCAGGCCGCCCCCGGUGGUGGAGUGGUGGUUCCGAGCUCCAGAUUCCAGGAUCGAGCCCUUUGGAAACAACCUGGCGGCCAGCAGCUUCGCACUGUUACAGGUGUCACAAAACCUCCAGGGGAACUAUACCUGUGUGGCCAUGAACAUGCUCAGCAGCAGACGACACGAGGUGACCACCGAGCUCCUGGUCUACUACCCUCCGCCAUCAAGCCCUCAGUGCUGGGCAGAGACGUCCCCGGGAUGGACCACACUGCAGCUCAUCUGUCACUGGGACGGGGGAUACCCGGAGCCGCACUUGCUGUGGACAGAAGAGCCAGGAGGCGUGGUCCUGGGGGAGUCCACCCUGGGGGUGCAGAGCCUGAAACGCUUCCAGCUGUCGAAUGGCAAGAAAUUCAAGUGCCUUGGGAGCCACAUCCUGGGGACGAAGUCAGAAGCCAGCUGCGUGUUACAGAUCAGGAGCCCCUCCCUUCUGUCUGAUCCGAUGAAGACGUGCUUGGUCGGGGGCAACGUGACACUCACCUGCCAAGUGUCUGACGCCUACCCCUCUGCCAAGAUCCUGUGGUUGAGGAACCUCACCCAGCCCAAGGUGACCAUUGAGUCCAGUGACCAUUAUAUUAUCAGCCAGCAUGGCCAGAGCUCCACCCUGACCAUCCGAAACUGCUCGCAGCACCUGGAUGGUGGCUACUAUGUUUGCCGGGCUGAGAACCUCGUGGGCAUCAGGGAGGUGGACAUCUGGCUCAUCGUGAAAGAACCCUUAAGCAUCGGGGGAGUUGUGGGCACUUCUGUGAGCCUUCUCCUGCUGGCCCUGGGCAUCAUCUCAGUGCUCGUGUUCUACCACAACCCUGUGUUCUGCCGGAAAGGCAGAAAUCUCAGUAGGGAGGAAGACAAUGGUGAUGUCAUGGUUUUGGUGGAUUCAGAAGAGGAAGAAGAGGAGGAGAAGGAAGAUGCUGCUGUAGAGGACAGGGAGGAGGAGGAAGAACACAAGAGAGUGGCGUUGCGAAAGGAAACGGUCAGGCAUGGCCACAUUCAUCAAGUGACAGCACUGGUGAAUGGGAACCUGGAACAGAUGGGGAACGGGCUCCAGGCUCUAGAAGAUGACCUCAGGGAGCUGCAGAGUGACGUCGUUCAAGAGGAAGGUGGGCCAGUCUGAAGAAGGGAAUUGGCCGUCAUGCUCUUUUCUGUAAAGCUUGGGAAGCAAAGGUGAAGAUAAGCUUCUCAUUGAGUUUUGGCUUGCACCCCUGUCUCGAGGGGAGUCAGACAUGAGCAAUGGUUGGAGGGUGGUCUCGGCAAAAAGAAAAGAGAGAGGGAGAAAAAAAACACACCUUUCCUUCCCCUUACCAAAAAAGUGUGAUUUGUUGUCAGUCUUCCAACAGUGUUUACGAGCUUUGGGAAUGCAGUGUGGUAGCCAGGCUGGAUCUGAGGUAUCACGUUGUGACACCUGCUCCCCAGAGGCAGCUAGUGUGGCAGAUGUUGGUUCAGAGGGAGGAAGAGCGGGCAAAAACAUACAGCGUGUCUCCGUGCUUUGUGCCAUGAUUCCAGGUUGUCCUGGUGCGAAAGGAAUAGUAUGGGAUGCCAGAGAAAUGCCCCCUCUCACUGCUCAGGUGAGCCCAGGGCUGAGAAAGUAGACACAUGCCAUUUCCCUGGAAAAGGGGCAGCAUCAUUAGCUUCAAGACUAGUAAGAUGCUGGCAGUUGGGUCACGUUUUGCUGAUGGAACCACACGGGCUUGUAUCUGGGCCCAGCUUUUUAUCAUAUGGGUUUGGGUUGUGGCUUUUACCUCUCCUUGGGCCUCGAUGCCAUUGUGUAUAAAACAGGUGAGAGGCAAAUGAGACGAUCUUGGCUGUGGGGAACCAGAGAGGUCUUUAGAUGUUGGCUGUCUUCUUCAAUGGCUGCUAGUGGACAGACAGAAAGAGCUAGUGCCCUGUGCCUUUCAUUCGUGGAAGAGUGGUGUCAGAUGAGUGUAUAAGCUGAGCUCUCCUAUUGGCUUUGUACUUCCCUGAAGAAAAUUCUUGAGAGUAGAACUGCUUUACCUAGAGUUUCCAGGGCUGUAAAUCAAUGGUUCACAAACUUUUUUGACCUACAGCCUCCUUUUCAGAAACACACACACACACACACACACACACACACACACGGGCAGCAUCACCCACUUUGGGAAACAAUGCUAUAUAUACAUUUAUGAGAGCCAGUGAUAACAUCCUUCUUCUCCAAGGAGCAGUGGGUGGGUUUGAACCACUGACCUUUCGCAUCACGGCCCAGGGCUCCUUUUCAAAGAGAAGUGCCUUCAUUUUCACCACGCCUUUUGCAGAGCUUCACAUUUACACAGAAGCCUCUGGGAUGUUAUGUUCUUAGCUUCCAGCCUUUCCUCCUCUUCACUUCUUUUGCAGUGAAAGGUUUGGUAACGGUGUAUCUAGCGAUAGGGAUGGCUUGCAUAAAAAUCCGUUCUUCAGCUUCAGUUUUCCUCUCGGAAAUGGGAAAACGUGUUCCUUCAGACUUCUUAGGGAUAUUCCAAGGCUACACUGACCGAACUUCCAGUGAAAAUAAUGUGGAGCGAGUUUAGGCUGCUGAGACGUCCAAGUAGAUAGAUCCUUGUAGAGUUUAGAGAUUUAUUUUUUCCUUGUACUGAUUUUAUUGUGAUCUCUUAAAUGGCAGGGACCUUAUAAGGGUGCAAGCAAUAUGUGCUAACACAUGAAAAUCUGACUUGAAUCUGUGUGUUCUUAAAUAUUCCAUAUCCUGCUGUAAUGGACGCAACCUAGGACAGAGACAAGAACUUUUUCCUAGGAUACCAGUGACACUGAUUAGGCGAGGAGCUGGUUGUCGGAAGUAACCCUGCAGAUGUGGAGGGGGGAAAUGCUGUUCUUGGCUGAAGGGACCUAAGUUCAACUGAGUAAAUCAGUCCGUGUUGUGUCCUGAUCCCAGCUCAGACCUGGAGGGGGCUCAGGAGUUGGCUGCAAUUCCCACUGUCCAGGAAGAACUGUGAAUUUCUGUUCUCCUGGUUGGGCCAGGUCUUCUGUUCCACAGUACCUCAUGUGGGUAGCCAGUCCAAAUGAAAGUCAUUUCAGAAUGUGAUUGUUGGAUGGGGGCUUCUAACGUUGCUGAAGUGUGAGUUUAGUCUCCCCCUGGGGAACUUUUUAAUGACUUUCUAUGACUCGGUCCCUGCAUUUGAGAGUUUAUUAUGCAGCGGAGGCAACCAUCUUCAAAACAACACAGUGUAGGGAAAUCAACCAAGCUAGGACACCGUGAACAGUGUUUGAGAUCACUGGGAUGCUUCCCACAACUUCCUCUUCUGCGUGUGCACACAUACAUGCGCACACACACCUGCUGAGAGGAAAUAUCUGAGGCCGGGUUUUUCCACGAGCAAAUGGGAACUUUGAGAUCUUGGUAACAGAACGCUGUAAACCACUCAUGCCUGGAGCGACGACUGAUGCCACUUCUUCCUGGACCUGGUGUGCACCGUAAUAUAGCCAAAUCAGUUGGGAGUCCUAGGACCAGAGGUCAUCAUGUUUUAAGGGUAUUUAAAGAAUUAGGAUUUCUUUUUAAAAAGAAAGAACAUGUCCCCAUAUCCACAGCCAUGUCGAUAGUGACAUAUAGAGCGUGGUCCUUAAAGUGGCAAAGACCAGGUGGUAACAUCGUGCUUUAAAAAAUUUUUUCUCUGCAUGUGAUAUGAACUUGAGAGUUCAUGUAAUCUAUUUAUUAGAAGCCAAAAGAGAGAACACAUCAGAGAUAACACAAUUGACUACUGGUUUUCUUCAGAACCUGGCGACACAUCAGCAUCUAGGGGAGGAGGGAGGCAUGCUAUCCUGUAGCUUUGAUAUUAGCUCCACGUCUCAGAAGCACAUCCAGGCUUUAUCUACACAGCAGGAAAACACAUGGUGGGAAAUUUCCAUCACCCCUGGAAAAAUCAUCCUUGCUGGGUAAAAUGUAUGAUGAUGCAAUAAGUGCCAACUGGUAUUUCUCGCCAUGGGACUGGGCAUGAACUGUUGCAGAGAGAAAAAAAAAGCAGAUCCUUCUGCCUUAUUUACACGGGGGUGAGGGGGAUGCAGAGAACUUAGACCUGAGGUUAUAAUUUGGACUUUUUAAAGAUUAUGUAAUAAAAUAUUUUGAAGUAAA